AUGUGGUGGAAAUUUGGAGCAGCUUACGAAAGCCUUCCGCAAUCGGAGGGAAAAGUCAGCGAGACAGCCGGGCAUCCGCUAAGGGUAUUAAACCACCGAUGGCCAAAAUCAACUGUCAUCUUGGGGAUAACUAACCUGGUCACGAUCCUCGCACUCGCCUACAGUUUCAGCAGAGGGCAAAUAAAUGACGUGGUAGACAAGUGCACGCAAAAACUUUCUACUCCUUCACCGGCGCUUGAAGCCGUCAAAUACCAAACACCUCGACAUUAUAAUGCUGAGUUCAGACAAACCAACAAAUGGCGUGGUCCACCUGGGAACCAUUCCAAUGACGUUGAUCUGGCGUGGCACGAGAUCGAGCUUGGAGCCGGAGGCAUUUGGGUUUCUGAAGAUGAAGUGAGAUUAUUAAACAUGACCGACUCCGCAGAGCUUCCAUUCCAUAAAAUUCCCGAAGAGCAUGGUGGCGGCUACUUGGCUAUGCUUGAAGUUUUUCAUUUGCUCCAUUGUCUAAACUCCCUGAGGAUGGGGCUAUUUUACAACUAUGAUCAUUACAAGUUUCUUGACGAAGGCGUCCCCGAUGAGAAUAUUUAUUCUCACUUUGAUCAUUGUAUCGACAUGUUACGGAUGAACCUUAUGUGUUACGCGGACGUAACGCCAGCCCUAUUUGUGGAUCCUUUGAGCAAUCCACUGCGUCGAGAUGCGCUGCCAAACUGGUCAUCCAUGCACACAUGCAGAGACUUUGACGCUAUUCUGGAGUGGAACAAGCAUGGCCCACGAUCGGUGCGUUGGCGCGACGCUGGGGCCAAUCCGUCGUGGAAUCCAGAUUUAGAGGGUGCUGAGCAACCUUUUCCACCGGAGGGACACGGGGACGGAGACCAUCACCACUGA